AUAAUCGAUAAAACUUUAUACGAGGUCUGGAAUCGUCAUGGAAACGCGUGUUUCCAUGUUGAUCUGUUGAUUCCGGGGUACUGGUACAAAACUCACCCGGAAACGCGCAGUAUCUGCUAGAAUAUCACCGCGGUAUUAUAUCAUCAUCAAAAAGUGCGGAAAUGAAGCUGAAUAUUUCGUAUCCAGCCACUGGCUGCCAGAAACUCUUCGAAAUCGUACACGACCACAAAGUACGCAUAUUUUUCGAUAAACGUAUGGGAGCGGAAGUGCGUGCGGAUCCUUUGGGAGAUGAUUGGAACGGUUAUGUACUUAAAAUUACCGGUGGUAAUGACCGGCAAGGAUUUCCAAUGAAACAAGGUGUCCUCACUAAUGGCCGUGUGAGAUUAUUAAUGGGUCCAGGGCAUUCCUGCUAUCGACAGAGGAGAGAUGGCGAACGUCGUAGGAAAUCUGUGCGUGGAUGUAUAGUCGAUGCAAAUCUGAGCGUUUUAAGUUUGGUGAUAGUACGCAAAGGUGAACGAGAUAUUCCUGGUUUGACUGAUAUCAGUAUGCCGAGGAGAUUAGGCCCGAAAAGAGCGAAUAAGAUCCGCAGGCUGUUUAGUUUGACGAGUGAAGAUGAUGUGCGGCAUUACGUUGUAAAACGACCCGUGGAAAGAACAGAACAACAAGAACAAGAAGGCAAAAAACAGAGAUUCAAAGCACCAAAGAUUCAGAGGCUGAUCACGCCGCAACGACUACAGAGAAGGCACCGCUUGGCGCUGAAAAAGCGCAGGUGUCUUGAUAAAAAGGAAAAAGAGAACGCAUACAGGAAGAUUUUGGCGCAAAGACACAAAGAAACAAGAAUGAAGCGCGAGGAAAUGCGUCGACAUCGAAGUUUGAGUUCGCAUUCGAAGCAAUCUAACGAUUCCAAAGAUAGAGAUAGUAAAAGUAGCGAUGUAGUCGAUACAGCUUAAUUAAUAUUCAGAAUACGUAAUACUUCUAAGAAUUAUAGGUUUAUAUAGAAAUAGGUGGCUAUACUUACAUGAAUUUGUUGUUAUUCACUUUAAACUGGUAAUUUAGUUGAAUCUGUAACGGCCCUUUUAGUUAUAAUGGCGGAAUAAACGGAAUAAACAACUUUUUAGCA